AUGUUGGACUUCCAAGGUCUCCUGAGAAAGCUCGAGGUACCAUACGAAGGCGGUACGAUCCCAAACCGCUGGAUCAACAAUGAUAUCAAGCCGAUCGAAAAGGGCCGGCGAACAUGGACGUUUUGGACUUUUCACAACCUCUGGGUUUUGACCAAUACCAACAUCUCGACGUACAUGACGGGAAGCUCGCUGAUCGCCCUCGGGUUGAACUGGUGGCAGGCCAUCAUCGCCAUAAUUGUCGGAGCAGUCCUGUCAACCGUCUUUAUAGUAUUGAACAGCACGCCGGGCGCCUUCUACCACCUCGGAUUCCCCAUCGCCAAUCGUUACGUAUGGGGCAUGUAUGGCAGUUCCUUCGUCAUCUACAACCGUAUUCUCUUAUCGUUGGUGUGGUAUGCCGUGCAAGCCUGGAUCGGGGGACAAUGUGUCUACGUCUGCCUCGAAGCGAUAUGGCCGAAUCUCGAACAGCGCAUCCCCAACCACCUCCACGCCACGGGCCUGACGUCUGCCUCGUUCCUUACUUACUGGAUUUUCUGCCUCAUCUCUCUGCCGCUGAUCUGGAUUCGGCCGCACAAACUAAAAGUGUUCUUCUACGUUGCCGUGGCCUCGAUCUUCACCUUUGAGAUUGUGCUCUUGAUAUGGGCUUUGGCCACGAUGGACGGGUUCGGCGACACUAUUACCGGUCACCCACAGACCCAAGACACCUCGACCGGCUGGGCAGUUCUGUACGGCAUCAUCAGCGCCAUAGGAGGCAUUGCAGCGGGGAUCCUGAACCAGAACGAUUACGCGCGCUUCGCUCGCCGGCCCAGGGAUGCCAUCUGGGGUCAGAUCGUCAGUGCCGCGACGUAUUCAAUCAUCAGCUCUGUUGUCGGAAUCCUCGUGACGGCGGCGACGCAAAGGCGGUACGGUGCUGCGCUGUGGAGUCUUCCCGAUUUGCUGAUCGCCAUGAUGCACGCGGGGGGAUCCAGGUCUCGAGCUGCGGGCUUUUUCGGAGGUGCCGCGCUGGUCAUCUCGCAAUGGGGGAUCAACGUCCCCGGCAACGCACUGUCUGGGGGCUUUGACUUUGCUGCGACUUUCCCGCGGUACAUUAACAUCCGCAGGGGGGCGUACAUCACGGCGAUUCUGUCCAUGGCGGUCAACCCGUGGCAGCUGCUCGCCACGGCGUCGACGUUCCUAGCCGUGCUAUCGAGCUAUGGCGUCUUCCUGGGGCCCAUGAUCGGGCUCAUGAUCUCCUCGUACUACGUCGUGCAUCGACAAAAGAUCAAGGUGGACGAUCUGUACCGAGGGGACAAGACCAGCAUCUACUGGUACAUGUAUGGGAUCGACUGGCGGGCGCCGAUAGCGUGGGCAUGCGGCGUCUUCCCCUCGAUGCCGGGCUUCAUCUCCAACGUCAAUAACGACAUCCACGUCUCCCUGGGCUGGACGCACCUGUACUACAUUUCCUUCCUGGUCGGUUUCUGCAUCGCGGCCGUGGUGUUUGUCGCGCUGCAUUAUUUUGUCCCCGCGCCCGGCGUGAGGGACUUUGUUCAGGCCGCCGCUUCCAGCAGGCAGGUCAUGGCAGAGUAUCAAGCCAAAUGGGACGCCACGGAGGCGGGGGCGGGCGAACAAGUACCUUCGGAGAGUGUGUUGCCCAAGGAUGUUGAAGAUGUAGAGGGGUUUCCGAAGGAUCUCUAA